AUGUCCUCGAUCGCUGCAGUCUCGCCUCGCCCAAGGUCCAUGAUGCGUUGUGCACCCAUCUACAUGCUCAUGUUCCUCUCAACCGUCAUCAACCUCUUCACCGCCCACGCAGCACCUGUCAGCGGUGACAAGGACGGCGAUGCCCUCGACAAGGCCCGCGCAGGCCCUUAUAACCUCUCUGUCCAAGCCGGUAUUGCCGGUGCGAUCCUGAUCAUUACCGGUCUCAUCCUCUGCUUCUUUGGUAACCGCUUCUUCCGUGUCUGCAUGUUCUUGAUCGGUUUUUACUUUUUCGGAAACGUCUCCUACAUCGGCAUGGCCAACGGUGGUGUCACCUCGGAAACGCUUCUCCUCGUCGUCUCGAUCGUGGUCGGUAUCCUUGGAGGUCUCCUCCUCGUCUGCUGCUCUCGUCUCGGUGUCGCCAUUCUCGGUGCUCUGGCUCUGUACUCCUUGGGUCUCUGGAUCUUGGGCUGGAAGUCUGGUGGUGUGAUCACCUCGAGCGUCGGUCGCGGCAUCUUCUUGGCAGUUCUCGCCAUCCUCGGUUUCAUCCUUGGCUUUGUUCGUGAACACGAGACCGUCAUUAUUGGUUCGGCCAUCUUGGGCGCCUAUGCGUUUGUUGCCGGUGUCGAUCUUUAUGCCCACACGGGUUUCAUCCAGCAGACUGAUUCGUUCAUCAACUCCAAGAGCAGCAACGUUGGCGGUCGCGUUGGGUCUAUCUCGGGUGAGCAAAUUGCUCUGUUGGUGACCUUUAUAGUUCUGGCCCUCAUUGGUAUGGCUGUCCAGUUCCGUAUGUGGGGCCGCCGUAACUUCCGCCCUUCCCGCAGCAACGCCGUCUAUACCGAGAAGCCCUCUCGCUUUGGAGGUUACUUCAGUCGUCGCCACUAA